UUCUCUCUUUCUUUUCAUUUUCUUCAAAGUACCUCUUUCUCUCUCUCUCUCUCUCUCUCUCUCUACAUUCUUUCUCCUCCUCAGUGGGAGAGCCACAAGAAAAUCCAAGUAAUAGAAUAAAGAAGUUGUGAAGAUGGAAAUAACUAAUGUUAGCGAGUAUGAGGCAAUUGCAAAGCAGAAAUUGCCCAAGAUGGUUUAUGACUACUAUGCCUCUGGUGCAGAGGACCAGUGGAGUCUCCAAGAAAACCGAAAUGCCUUUUCAAGAAUUUUGUUUCGACCUCGAAUUCUAAUCGAUGUGAGCAAGAUCGACAUGACCACAACUGUCCUGGGCUUCAAAAUCUCAAUGCCAAUCAUGAUUGCUCCAACAGCCAUGCAGAAAAUGGCUCACCCUGAGGGGGAGUAUGCAACUGCAAGAGCAGCAUCAGCUGCUGGCACAAUUAUGACUCUAUCUUCGUGGGCCACUUCCAGCGUCGAAGAGGUCGCUUCAACUGGACCCGGGAUUAGGUUCUUUCAACUCUAUGUGUACAAGGACAGGCAUGUGGUCGCACAGCUUGUGAGAAGAGCUGAAAGGGCUGGUUUCAAGGCAAUUGCACUAACUGUCGACACUCCAAGGCUCGGCCGCAGAGAAGCCGAUAUCAAGAAUAGAUUCACUUUGCCACCAUUUUUGACAUUGAAAAACUUUGAAGGUUUGGAUCUUGGAAAAAUGGACAAGGCUGAUGACUCCGGACUGGCAUCAUAUGUCGCCGGACAAAUUGACAGGACUCUCAGCUGGAAGGAUGUGCAGUGGCUUCAGACAAUUACACAACUGCCAAUUCUUGUGAAGGGUGUCAUUACUGCUGAAGACACAAGGUUAGCCAUACAAGCUGGAGCUGCCGGAAUUAUUGUCUCGAACCACGGAGCCCGCCAACUUGACUAUGUCCCGGCAACUAUUAUGGCUUUGGAAGAGGUGGUGAAAGCUGCACAAGGCAGAGUUCCUGUUUUCGUGGAUGGCGGUGUUCGGCGAGGAACAGAUGUCUUUAAAGCAUUGGCUCUUGGAGCAUCUGGCAUAUUUAUUGGAAGACCAGUGGUAUUCUCAUUGGCCGCCGAAGGAGAGACUGGAGUGAGGAAAGUACUUCAGAUGCUGCGGGAGGAGUUUGAGCUAACCAUGGCGCUUAGCGGUUGCCGCUCGCUGAAGGAAAUUACUCGCGACCAUAUUGCCACCGAGUGGGACCGUCCUCGUGUCGCUCCCAGAUUGUAGGAAGUUAAUCUUUCCAGGAGCUUGAGAUCAGCACAAUGGUAUACCCAGGCCCAAAUGAGCUGAUGGCAACUUGAACAGGCCCAGCAAUGCAGGCGCUAAACCGAUCCAAACCACCAGUCCUCUCUCUCUCUCUCUGUUUUUUCUUAAGUUCUACUUUUGAUUACGCUUCAAUCAUGAUUGAAGGUCGCAUUUUCUAAAUUGUCUUUGAAAAUCGGAAAGAUAAAAAGCCCAGAAUAUCUAGGGCAUGAAAGAAAAUCAUUUU